AUGCCAAAUCCUCGAGAGCGAGGCCGGAGGCUGCCAAACCCGCGCUGGGGAAAGGGACGCCUCCGGGCGCCCCAUCCCUCUGCGGACGGAGGUGAGGACGAGCCGGCGGGGGCGGGCCCGGGCAAGGGUCGCUUCCUUGUCCGCAUCUGUUUCCAGGGAGACGAGGGCUCCUGCCCGACCCGGGACUUCGUGGUAGGAGCGCUUAUCCUGCGCUCCAUCGGCAUGGACCCGAGCGACAUCUACGCGGUCAUCCAGAUCCCCGGCAGCCGCGAAUUCGACGUGAGCUUCCGCUCGGCGGAGAAGCUGGCCCUGUUCCUGCGCGUCUACGAGGAGAAGCGGGAGCAGGAGGACUGCUGGGAGAACUUUGUGGUGCUGGGGCGGAGCAAGUCCAGCUUGAAGACGCUCUUCAUCCUCUUCCGGAAUGAGACGGUGGACGUGGAGGACAUUGUGACCUGGCUCAAGCGCCACUGCGACGUGCUGGCCGUGCCGGUGAAAGUGACCGACAGGUUUGGGAUCUGGACCGGGGAGUACAAGUGCGAGAUCGAGCUGCGCCAGGGGGAGGGCGGGGUCAGGCACUUACCAGGGGCCUUCUUCCUGGGGGCCGAGAGGGGCUACAGCUGGUACAAGGGGCAGCCCAAGACAUGCUUUAAAUGUGGUUCCCGGACCCACAUGAGCGGCAGCUGCACGCAGGACAGGUGCUUCAGGUGCGGGGAGGAGGGGCACCUGAGCCCUUACUGCCGGAAGGGCAUCGUGUGCAACCUCUGUGGCAAGCGAGGACACGCCUUUGCCCAGUGUCCCAAAGCAGUUCACAAUUCCGUGGCAGCUCAGCUAACCGGCGUGGCCGGGCACUAAACACCCGCCUGCCUGCCAGGGUGAACACACAGCCAGCUUACCCCUCUUAAGUGCCAAAACUUUUUUUUAAACCAUUUUUUAUCGUUUUUGAAGGAGAUCUUUUUAAAACCUACAAGAGACAUCUCUCUAUGCCUUCUUAAACCGAGUUUACUCCAUUUCAGCCUGUUCUGAAUUGGUGACUCUGUCACCAAUAACGACUGCGGAGAACUGUAGCGUGCAGAUGUGUUGCCCCUCCCUUUUUUAAAUUUUAUUUUCGUUUUUCUAUUGGGUUUUUGUUUUGUUUCUUGUACUUUUUCUCUCUCUCCCUGCCCUCCCCGCCCCAUACCUUGUCUUCCCCUGGAUUUUCACCCUUUGGGCUGCCUUGCUCAUCUUUAUGCCCCAGCACUAGGUACGGGGCCCAACACGUAGUAGGCACUCCAUCAGUGUUUGCUUAAUUGAAAACAUUGUUGACUGUGGCUUCUAUCAGAGUGUCUACCUUUUGCAGCUCUUCCCCUCCCUCAUUUAAUUUGCUGCUUUUAAUCUACGUGGUCAGAAUUUGUGAAACCAGUGUUGUUAGAAGUGUAUAUAAUCUGAAUCAAUAAGCUCUGAAUGGUGGCCAAGGGCCUCUCUUUAUGGCACAAAAAUGCAUGGACUUCAUGACAGCUCUUUUGGUGGCUCAGAAGCCAUUUUUCAUAGAAUCAUGGAAUCUAGAAUAUUCCUGCUGGAAAGAACCUGAGAGUUGGUUUAGACCAAUUCCCUGGUUUUCCAGCAGAUGAAACAGGCCCAAAGAGGUUAAAUGACUGGGUGAAAAUCACAUAGCUGUCUGGUACCAGAGCCAGCCUAUAGUAGAGUCCCCUGACCCCAAGCCCGGUGCUCAUUCCACUACCUCUCACACUUCACAACAAUUUCCUCAACACUUGAGGGCCCAGAAAGUCUGAUCUCUCCAGAAUGUUGAGCCCAGAGGAAUGCUGAGAAAUCAUCUGGAGGAGGGAGCAGAAAGAGAAGGUUUUAAGGAGGGGUUUUCUGAAUACUUGGGAGAUACGGAAAGGACCAAGGAACACACUCCAGGGUGCAUGCGUUGCUCCCUGGGGCACCACUUCUGGAUUAAAGUGUGCCAGGUCCUUUGGAGGCCCUACCCCUUCCCCAUUCAUUGUCACCAGUGAGAAAUGGGGGUGACCCUGUGUAAAGAAACCUACCAAAGGUUUACAUUUGCACCUUAGCCUCAAUAACUAGGAACCCUAGAGAAGCAGCUAGCUGGAGCUCAUCUGCAACUCCUGACUCAGGAGAAAGAUGGAUUUUAACCCAAAAUUAUGAGUGAGCUGUUAACUCUAAAAUGUACUUGGGAGAUAGGCCAAGCGAGAGGUCAUGGGCCAACUAAGUGUUAUCAAGUAGAAAAGACAGUACACUGCUUUUCUUUUAGUGUUUGCUUUUCCUUUGCUAUAUGUUUUGCUAUUUCCUUGUGGCUUAGAAUGUAAAAUUGAUUGUUAAAAAUUUGUUCUGAAUAAAUAUUUAUCUUUUGUAUUGCUAA